UUGUGACGUUGGAAGCUGCGGUGCAAGAGAAGGAAGAGGCUGCAAUUCCGGUGACAACAUUGUCACCACCAGAAGGCAAUACAACUUUCCUGGACGGCGUAACGUGGUGUGUGGCCCAUGCUGGGGUCUCCCAAAUUGAUCUGCAGAAUGCAUUGGAUUGGGCCUGUGGGCUCGGGAUGACGGACUGCAAAGCCAUCCAAGAGGGCGGCCCAUGUUUCGAGCCCGACACCCUUGUGUCUCAUGCUUCCUAUGCUUUCAACAAUUAUUACCAACAGAAUGGGAAUUCUGAUAUUGCUUGCAACUUUGGUGGAACUGCCAUUUUAAUAAAAAAUAACCCAA